AUGAUCCUCUCGAUCAUUGACGGUGGUAUCGGCAUGUCUAAAGCAGAUUUGGUGAAUAACUUGGGCUCAAUUGCAUGGUCUAGAACCAAGGAAUUAUGGAGGCUGCAGUUAAUCAAUUCGGUGUCGGUUUCUACUCCGCUUAUUUUGGUCGCUGAGAAAGUCAUUGAGACCACAAUGCACAAUGCUGAUGAACAGACAUCUAGGAAUCCCCAAGUUGGCUCCUUCACUGUGACCAGGGAUGUUAAUGGAGAUCAGUUCGGUAGGUUGGAGGAAAGGAGGAUCAGGGACCUUGUGAAGAAGCACUAUGAGUGCAUUAGCUAUCUAAUUUACCUCUGGAUUGAGACAACUGAGAAAGAGAUUAGUGAUGACGAAGAUGGUGAGCUUGAGAAAGAGGAAGGAGAUGUUGAAGAUUUGACGAGAAGACUAAAUCUAGGAAGAAGAUCAAGGAAAUGCGACAUGAAUGCUCUUUUGGCAUCUGAGUUCAGCCUUGAUGAUCUGAACAGAUUCACUGCUAUGAUUCAGAGAACGUUGAAGUUGGGUUUGAGUAUCGACAAGGAUGAGAACAGUGGUGGACUGCGGUGA